GCCCCCGCCCCCGACUUCGUCGUGCAAAGCAAGCGACGGCGCGCUCCUCCGCUCGGCGCUCGCUCGCUCAGGCCUGCCGGCGGCUGAGGCGCACAACAUCGGAGACGAUUCGGCUUGCGGCCCGGGGUGGCCGGGCGCGGCAUGGAGGAGCCACAGCCCGCCGCAGGCGGGGAUGUGUCCCUGCACAACUUCAGCGCGAGGCUGUGGGAGCAGCUCGUCCACUUCCACGUCAUGCGGCUGACGGACUCGCUCUUCCUGUGGGUGGGGGCCACGCCGCACCUGCGCAACCUCGCCGUGGCCAUGUGCAGCCGCUACGACCCCAUCCCUGUGUGCACCUCCCUCUUGGGAAACACUUCUGACACAACCUCCACCGGCCUCGCCCAGCGCCUAGCCCGGAGGACCCAGAAGCAGGUGUUCGUCAGCUACAACCUGCAGAACACUGACAGCAGCUUCGCCCUGCUCGUGGAAAACAGGAUCAAGGAGGAAAUGGAGGCUUUUCCGGAGAAGUUCUGAGUGGCAGCAGGAGAAUCUGUAACUUAUUUAAAUAAAUGGAUUUUUAUCCAGCCA